AUGGGCCGUGCACAGUUUGAAUAUGAUGAAGUGGGUAACACAUUCUACUAUGUGCUAGUAUCAUUUUAUGCUUUGGUCCUCAUACCAGCAACAUUUUUUUUCUGGCCUUCAAGUAAAUUAGAUAAAACUGAACGGAGGGAACACUGCUGUUGUGAAGGAUGUACUGAAAAACGUAUGAAAGCAGAAGCAAAGCGGCCAUGGCGGAGGACUAAGAAAUUUCUAACUUUUUUAGCUCUAGCCUUAGCGUGGAUCUUAUUUUUUAUCAUCAUACGUAAAGUAACGCAAAUUGAAGUUGAACAUACCGAGUAUGACCCAUAUGCUAUACUUGGUAUCGAUCAGGGAGCUGCUAGUUCAGUUGUUAGAAAGAAAUACCGCGAAUUAAGUAAGACAAUGCAUCCUGAUAAAGGAGGUGAUCCAGUGCAGUUUGAUCGCAUUGCGAAAGCAUAUCAAGCAUUAACUGAUGACGAAAGUAGAGAGAAUUGGGAGAAAUAUGGCAAUCCUGAUGGACCAGCUGCAACUACAUUUGGAAUUGCAUUGCCGAAAUGGAUAGUGAGUAAGGAAUACGGUGUCUGGGUCCUUGCAUUUUAUGGCUUCGUCCUCAUGGUUUUGCUUCCUUCAGCUGUUGGAUUUUGGUGGUAUAAUUCCAUUAAGUAUAGUAUUGAUCAAGUAUUAUUGGAUACAACCGAAAUGUAUUAUUAUUUUUUCCAUAAAACACCGAAAAUGGAAAUAAAUCGUAUUUUAAUGGUGCUUAGUGGUUCAUUUGAGUUCUGGAGGCAGUACAAUAAGGAAAUUGUGGAACGUGAAAGUGACGAUGUUGAAUUGCCACCCAUUAUAAAGUUGUUCAAAAAUUUAAGUGAAAACAAGAAGGAACGACCUCUUUGCUUACCAUAUUCUGUUAAAGCACGCGUAUUCAUCCACGCUCAUUUGUCGCGUUUUGCACUUGAUUCGUCUAAUUUAAGAAGUGAUAGUGCUUAUGUGAUUUCAAAAUGUGUCAUGCUUACCAACGAAAUGUUAGCUCUUGCCCAACAUUUAUGUUUUUAUGGAAAUCCAGCACGUUGCCCAUCUUUGGAUACUAUCGAAAAUUUGACAAAAUUAUUGCCAAUGGUUGUCCAAGCACUAUGGCCAAAAAAUAGUCCUUUAUUACAAUUACCACAUAUCACAGAACAAAAUUUGCACUAUUUUCGUCGUAACCGUAUAAUCACAUGUGCAGACCUUGCAAAUUUAAAUGAAAUCAAACGUCGUCAGGUGUUGCAAUCGUUAAGUGAUGCAGAAUACAAUGAUAUAGUCUUUGUACUGCAGUCGAUGCCUAAGCUAAAUAUUGAGCCACAUUUUGAGGUACAAGGCGAAGAUGACGCGCAAAAAGUAACAGUUGGUUCAGUUGUUACUUUGAAAAUUGUUUUGACAAGAAGUCCGUUGUUAGAUUCAAACAAACGGGAAGAAGAAAUGCGCGAAGAUAGUGAAAAGGACGCAGAACCAGUGGAAGCGAUGGAUGAUGAAGAAGAAAUAAACGAAGAAAAGGACAACAAUGUGCCAAAAAGAAAAAUAUGGGAGAAACCGAAAAAAAAACAAAAUAGAACAAAACCAGCCAAGAAUAGACAGGGACAGAAAACUAAAAUAAUAAAAAAAGUUGUAACCAACAUUAAGUCAGAAGAAGACAACAAAGGAAAAUUGGAUGGGCAAAAGAAGGAUAGGAAAGAGAAUAAUGAUGAUAUGGAAACAAUUGGAGAUAGCGAAAACGAAGAGCCGAGUGGUUCCGAAAAAGGCUAUGUCAAAGACGAAAAUGACAAGGAGAACGGUAGUGGUUCCGAAGGUAUGGAGGAGGAAGAAUCGGAUAAUGAAAACUGGGCGAAUGAAAAUAUGGUGAAAAAAGAAUCCAUUUUGGGAAGUAAGAGUAAAAAGACUCAUCCAGUGCACUGUCCUUACUUUUCGGGCGAAAAAUUCGAGUGGUGGUGGUUAUUACUUGUUGACAAGAAACUUCGCAAGCUGGUCGUACCAGCAGUGCAUUGCACAACACUUGUUGCUGAACAAACGGUAGAAAUGAAGUUUGCAGCACCGCAGCAUAAAGGCAUAUAUUACUAUAACUUAUUAGUUAAAUCGGAUUCAUAUAUGGAUUGUGAUUAUUUGCUCGAUCUAAAGUUAGAUGUACAUGAGGCAAAGGAAAUGCCUAUAAUUAAAUACGAGGAUUCAGAUGAGGAAGAGCAGUUGGAGGAUUCAUCUGACUAUACGGAAGAUUCGGAGUCGGAACACGAAUAG